GGUUGUGAAUAUCUUUGGUGAUGCGUUGCACUGUUGCAGUGGGUUCGCAACUUCGCAGAAAUACGUAUGGCGAUAAGCAAUUUCGUCUGGCCGAAUUUAAGUGAAUGUAUUUGAUCAAAGUGAAUUGCGGUGGUGACAUUAAAUUUUGUGAAACUUAAAGCUCCUCACAAUGGCAGACAACGAACAAAAGGCGAUGCAGCUGAUGGCGGAAGCGGAGAAAAAACUAACCUCAUCCAAAGGCUUCUUCGGUUCCCUUUUUGGGGGAUCUUCGAAAGUGGAAGAGGCGGUGGAAUGUUAUCAGCGAGCUGCAAAUAUGUUUAAGAUGGCAAAAAAGUGGGGAUCUGCUGGAAAUGCAUUUUGCGAAGCAGCAAAUUUGCAUUCUAAAGCAGGAAGUCGACACGAUGCUGCUACCAACUUUGUUGAUGCAGCAAAUUGCUACAAAAAAUCUGAUCCGAAUGAGGCUGUAAAUUGUCUUCUAAAAGCUAUAGAAAUUUAUACGGACAUGGGUCGCUUUACGAUGGCAGCUAAGCAUCAUCAAAGUAUAGCUGAAAUGUAUGAAAGCGAGGCUGUCGACCUGGAACGUGCUGUGCAUCACUACGAACAAGCAGCCGAUUAUUUCCGUGGCGAGGAAAGCAAUUCCUCGGCCAACAAGUGUCUUCUGAAAGUCGCUCAAUAUGCGGCUCAGCUUGAAAAUUAUGAAAAAGCUAUUCAAAUUUACGAACAGGUCGCUUCCUCGUCCCUGGAAAGUUCUUUACUUAAAUACAGCGCGAAGGAAUACUUCUUCAGAGCUGCUUUAUGUCACCUCUGCGUUGAUGUUCUCAAUGCUCAGCAUGCCAUCGAACGAUAUGAGCAGCAAUAUCCUGCUUUCCAAGAUUCUAGAGAGUAUAAACUUAUCAAGACACUCAUAGAACAUUUGGAAGAACAAAAUCUCGAUGGUUUCACAGAAGCAGUGAAGGAAUAUGACUCAAUUUCUCGUCUCGAUCAAUGGUACACAACGGUCUUGUUGCGUAUAAAAAAGCAGGUCAAUGACAACCCCGAUUUGCGCUGAUUAUUUUCAAGUUCAUCAAAGUACAUUCCAGCGUCACUUCUCUUCCUCUGGCCCCAUGCGUACUCAUCCUUACACUCCGUAUCGCUUGUAACGAACGUAAAAUGCUAGCCACGAGUUCUGAUUUCCCUCAUUCUGCACUGCUGUGCAUAAAAUCCAUCAUUUUCAAAUUUCGAUAGGAAACUCGCGUUGGUUUUUAAAGUUUUCAAGUAGGAGAUUACAUUACUGGUUAUAUUGAAUCACAUUAACGUAUCAUUGACUUAGUAAUCGCAUAUACAUAAUAAUCAGUGGUAAAUAAAGUAGUUAAAUGUCAAGUACUAAUAUCACCAAUGAUAUACAGGAUUAUAAUUUUAAAAAGUGUAAUUAGCUAGGUUCUGUAAGUAGUUUUUUGCUUAUUUAUUGCUACUGUUAUCAUUAAACGUUAUUUGUGUGUGCCCAUCUAUUGUUUUGUUUUCCAUUCGGCUUCUGAAAUGUUGUAUCAAUAACAAUAUAAAAUAAUAAAAGUUGAGACAUGUUCUUGAUAUUUUCCGUACAAGUAACUAACUAAGUAAUUAAAGCACGUUGGCAUUGAUCCGCAUAGAUUGGCUAUAAACCUUAUCCCGAAUUACAGACCUGGCAUACAAUAAAAUGUUAUCCCUUUCGAAUGCAGAAGAGUUAUCUGCACUAAUAGCUAACUUGUUAGAUCCUUAUAUUAUAAAUUAAAAUCACAGUUACGGUUUUGGUUGAAUGUGAUUAAGAAUAUGUUCUUUUUAUGUGAUAUUUUACUUUUACAUACUUAACAUAUGUAUUAUUUACAGCUAUUGUUACUCUCGUAAUACAAGUUAAUUAAAAGGUGAUGUAAAAAAAUCUUGCAAUCUUAUUAAAUUGAAAAAGCUAAAAUUCGAUAUCUAAAGUUUCGUAAGAAAAGUAAUAAACUCUUAGAUAAACGUGUUUCAACUGUGAAAAGUUUUGUUAUCAAUACCAAUGCAUAGUUUAGAGAUAUAUAAUUAUUAUAUUACAGUUGUAUCAAAUGCUUGCAUAUCACUAGUUUAAAUACAGUGACAAGUUGAAUAGUUUUGCAAAAAGCACGUGCAGCUGAUACCAAAAUAUUGUAUGAAGUAGAGAUUUAUAAAAAAUGUCAGUUUUGCAUUUUGCAAACGAGUGUUUAUAAUUUUCUUAAUUUUGUAUUUUGAGAAGCAUGGAUACAAAUCCUAUUCAGUAUUUAUACAAUUCUAAAUAGGUUUGUUGUUAAUCCUGUCAUAGAUGAACAUGAUUUUAUUGUUUAUGUAUCA